GCUCUAUCAAGAUUUCUUGCACUUACAAAUCCUGCUUACUUUAUUUGGAAAAUCAGAGGUUUGCUACUUUCGCGACAAAAAUGCUGCCAAUAUUUUUAGUUAUAGCCUUUUUAGUAGGGAGCUCCGUCGGAUCUCCAUUAGCAAACCAGUACGUUGAAAGCGUCUUAAAUACUGCUCUUCGAAAUGAACUUCGAGCUCUCAACUUGGAUCCAGCAGUAGUUCCAGGUUUUGUCACAGAGUUUCAAGACAAAGUGGCUAUUAUUGGAAAAGUGAAAGGUAAAGCCGAGUAUGAAAAAGGCACUUUGACCGGACUUGGUCAAGUCCGUCGAUUCACCGAAUGUCAGGGACCCUAUUACAGCUUUGGUACAAAAAGCGUAAACUGCACUGUUGGUUUUGAUAAUCUUCAACUUAACUAUGAAGGCAAAUUGAAGUACGGUAAAAUGCCAAAGGUGAGUAUCAAAGGCAAAGCUAAUGUCACCACCACUCUGUUGUACAUUGAAGUAUCCAGCGUACCAAACGGCAGUCAAGGAUCAGUGAAAAACUUCAUGUUUACCCAGAUUGGAAAAUUGGAUGUCAAGUUCACUGGCUUGGGGCCUCUCAAUAAGUACACUAAGUUCUUAGAAGAUGGAUACAAAGCCCAUGCUCAAGCAGAGAUCUUCAACUCGAUGAGCCAAAGGUUCCAAUAUGCUUUAAACAGAGCGUUUUCUUUAGUACCAAUGCCAAACUAAUGUGUUCAGUAAGCAAAUGUGAUGCUUGUGCAUCACUAUGUUGUUUUGUGUAAAUAUCAAAAUAAAAAAUAAAGCCUUGAGUAUGAC